AUGUUUUCGAGAGUCACUCAUGUGACUGGUGUUGGAAGGUCUUUGAAGUCUAAAAAGCUUACUCCUCGUUUCAUUGAUCCCUAUCAGAUUUUCAAGCGGAUUGAAGUUGUUGCCUAUAGGGUGACCUUGCCACAAUCUCUUUCGAACAUGUAUAAUGUUUUUCAUGUAUCUCAACUUCAGAAGUACAUUCUCGAUUUGUCUCAUAUAAUCCAAAUGGACGAUGUUCAAGUGAUGUAUAAUCUGAUUGUUGAAGCAUUGCCUAUAAGAAUUGUGGAUCGUGAAGUGAAGCGACUCAGAGGGAAGGAGAUUGCUUUAGUGAAGGUGGUUUGGGGAGGACCUGUUGGAGUUUGA